CAAAACAAGCCCGCGCCAAAAACCCCACGCGGCGGCGGCAGCAGCAAUUCCCCACAUCUCCCUCUCUCUCUUACCUAAGCCGACGCGGCUCUCGUCGAGUAGUCGGUCGUUUCCCCCGUUAUUCCCGCGAUACCCGUGCCCUGCGUCCGCCGCCGCCGCCGCGAGCGAACCCACCAACCAGCUGGAGGAGCACAGGAGGCAGCCGAGGCGGGAGGAGCCAUGGGCAAGUACAUGCGCAAGGGCAAGGCGUCGGGCGAGGUGGCCGUCAUGGAGGUCUCCGGCGCGCUGCUCGGGGUCCGCACGCGCUCCCGCACGCUUGCCCUGCAGCGGACGCACAGCGGCAAGGGGGAGGAGGAGCCGAGCGCCGGGGAUUACCUCGAGCUCAGGAACAGGAGGCUCGAGAAGCCGCCGCCGCCGCCGAGAAAGGAGAAGGAGGCGUCCGCCGCCGUGAGGAGGGCCGCCGCCGCCGCCGGGCGGAAGGAAGCGGCGGAGCCCGCCGACCUCGAACCGUCCUUCGGGGACAACGUUCUGGAUUGGGACGCCGUGGAGAGGAGCACCCGUGAGACAACGCCUUGCAGUCUGAUUAAGAGCCCGGGUAUGAUGAGCACCCCUGGCUCCGCAACUAGAACCUCCAACCCGACAAGUUCACGUCGCAGGAUAGAGACCCGGAGUUGUAGUUACAUUCCGAGUUCUCUUGAGAUGGAAGAGUUCUUUGCAGCUGCUGAACAGCAGCAGCAUCAGACUUUCAGGGACAAGUAUAACUUCUGUCCUGUCAACGAUUGCCCGCUCCCCGGACGGUACGAAUGGGCUAGGCUAGACUGCUAGCUCCUCGAAACAUCCAGGAGCUCCAUUGAUCUAUGUACACCAAAUGAAAGCAUCAUGUGGCAGGCUCAAUGCAAAUGCAAUAGCGUUAGGUUUCUUUCUCUGUUGUAAAAAUUUAGAGUUAUCCCGUUGUAGUUCAGCGAUCCUCUUGUGUAACCAACAGGAAUGGCGGCUGCCUGCCUGAGGUAUACACCCUGAUGAUCCCAUGCACCAACCUCACUGUAACCGUUAACAUCCCAUUCCGACUCUCUGGGCCUGGCAGCUUAAUUGUAGUCUUAGCAUUUUAAUUAUAUGUUCCCAGUUCUUUAUCCAGUCUAUGAAUUGGUGCUAGAUUUGUUUC